CCCCUCCUCCCUCAGAUCCAGGAGUCCAGGCCCCAGCACCCUCCUCCCUCAGACCCAGGAGUCCAGACCCCCAAUCUCUCCUCCCUCAGACCCAGGAGUCCAGACAGACCCCAAAGCCACACUGCCCAGAAGGCCCCCUCCUCACUGUACUGCAAAGCUGAGUAGAGGUUCACCUGAGAGAACUAGGGAUCCUGGUCCCAACCCGGCCCCCAGCUGUCCUCCUCCACCACUCAGGGGAACCAAAUGGGAAGCUUGAGGACCUCCACGUGGCCCCCUUUCCCUGUUUGUGGGUGGAGAUACUGAGGCCUAGGGAGAAGGGUCUUCCUGCCCACGGCCACACUCACAGCCCUCACAUCUUCAUGACCCCUUACACAUUCCCUAUCCAUUCUCCACUGAGAGACCUAGAGAGCCUUUGGGACAAGAGGACUCCUGAGCAAGUGCUCUGGCCUCUGGCCCCACCCCCAUUUUUCCCUUGUCCUCCUAGCCACCCGGUUGUUAGGGAGGCCUCCCUAACAAUGGGGCUCAGUGAGGGGCCCCUGUCCCUUGCCGCUAGAGGGGAGACCCCUGGCAACGAUGUCUCAGGAGACUCUGGGCCACCUGGAGCUGCCCCGCAGGCUUCAGGUUACCAAGCAGAGGGAUUCCUUGGCAGGAAGGUCUCCCAGGCCCCACCUCUUGGGGUCCUCUGGUUGGCAAGGACAAGGUGCCUUAGACCACCACCCACUUUCUGCCCAAGUUGCUAAGGAGGCUCUUUUUAUGCCCAGGCCCCCACCCCCACCCCCAUGGAUCCUUCCACCUGGUUGCUAAGGAAGCAACUUCUUAACAACCAGGCAUGACCAGGCCAGUGUGACCCCCCCCUUCCUCCUUCCCCACUGCUAAGGGGGCUCCCUAGCAACAGAACUUAGAACCUUGAAAGCUGGGUGGGCAGGUGGGUGGGGCCCAGCUGGUUGCUGGGGUGAUGGCCUUCAAAGUCUGUCCCCACAGAGGCCUGAAGGGUCUGGGGAGGCAACAUGGUGGUCUCUGGGAUCCCAGCUUUGAGCUUCUUCCUGCUGAUGCAGGGCUCAGUAGAUGGGAAUGGAAUCCAGGGAUUCUUCUAUCCAUGGAGCUGUGAGGGAGAUGUAUGGGACCGGGAGAGCUGUGGGGGCCAGGCGGCAAUCGAGAACCCCAAUCUCUGUCUGCGUCUUCGAUGCUGCUACCGUGACGGGGUCUGCUACCACCAGCGGCCAGAUGAAACCAUGCGGAGAAAGCACAUGUGGGCGCUGGGCUGGACAUGUGGAGGCCUCCUCUUCCUGAUCUCCAGCAUCUGCUUGUUCUGGUGGGCCAAGCGCCGCGAUAUGCUGCACCUUCCAGUGUUCUUAAAGGGCAAAUGUGACCUGUCGAGGACCGUCUCUCUGUUAUCCAAGGACCGGGGGACUUCGAGCCAAAAAAAGGCAUCGGCUGGCAGCAUGCCAAACUCCCUUCCUCUGGAGGGGGCCACGGAUGUGUCAGGGGCCACCGAAGGGGAAGGGACGACAGAAGGGGGUGAUGAAACAGAAGGGGGGGAGGACGAAGAUUAGGGGCACCCCCGGGGGGACCCCUCAAUACAGACAUAGCA